AUGACCGUAACCGUUUUUCAUAACCUUGGUGAUAGUAAUUUUGAAAUAAAAAAACUUCCAAUGGACCUACAAAAACUUGGCGCAAAGUUUGUUGCUAAUACUAACGUUAAAGAUUACAUGAGCUUACGCAGUGUAUGUAGAGGAUGGAGGUCACUUACCCCUCCAAUCCGCUGGAGAAGUGAUCCAACUAGUUUGACGUCCAUAGAGUGUUGGCUCAUGCUCUUUGAAAGGGAAAAAGGGUUAUGGUCUUUCUGUGAUCCAAUGAACAAUUCAACUUAUUACAUGUAUAGCAAGGAACUGUUAGGGUGUGAGAUUCGCUUCUCAAAUGAUGGUUGGCUACUUGUUACUGAAGGUCUGAGGUCGGUUUUUUUCUUUGAAUUCUUUAGUAAAACAAAGAUUAAGCUUCCAGAUUUGGUGGAGGAUUACUGUUUUGACGGCAUUUCAUUCUCAGCUUCGCCAAUUUCUUCAGAUUGGGUUGUUUUUGCCAUUUCUCAUACGACUUCUAUGGUGGUAAAUAUUUCAUAUAUAAAGACAGGUGACGAGAAUUGGACUAGCAGUGGACAUGAUAAUGGAAGACCAUUCGUCUUAUCGGGUUGCAAUCCAGUCUUCUUCAAUCAAUGUUUCUAUUGUUUGGGUGAGGAAGGAAGUUUGGGGACCUUUAGAUUGACAGGGACAGGUGGUUCUUUGCUCAUUCGUGUUCAUCCCCAAUCAUCACAGUGUCUGCAAACCAUGUCUCGGGGAUUUAUGGUUUCUUUCAAGAAAAAUCUAUUCUCAGUCUUUGUGGGUCCAAUGGGAAAACCUGUUCAUAUUUUCCAACUAAACUCUUCUUCUACGGAGUGGGUUAAACUGACAAAUUUGGGAUGUCUAUUAUUCUUUUUCAGUCAGACAUCGUCGCUAGUUGUGCCUGCAAUAGGAGGUACACUGAAGAACAAAAUAAGUUUUCCUACAUUCGCUAGUAGUAACAAUAGUUGCAUUGUUUACUCGUUAGACAACUCUAGAUUUGGAGCUCUUGGCAGUGACUGUUCUACGGAGGAUCUUUAUGAUGCAAAAGAGCUGUUGGGUGCCACUUGGUUGCAGCCGAGAGUGAUUGGUACCACUGCAUGA